AUGGAUAAAUUGAAGAAGGCAAGAGCACCAGUACGAACCCAAUUAACAAGGUUAAUAAAUACAAUAGGAGAUUUGCUCAAUCAAGAAUCGGUCGAUGAAUUAAGAUUACAAGUCAAGUUAGAAAGUUUACACGAGAAUGCUCGAAAAAUCGACGAUUAUGACAAUCAUAUUUUGGAGUUAAUGGCAGAAGAUGAUAAUAUAGGAGAAGAUUCACAAGAAACUGAGUUUCUCGCACAAGAAGAGUAUAGAGAAUCUUAUAGGAUGGCUAAAAUAAGAACUGAAAACUAUUUUGAAGGUAAAAGGGUCGCGACUAAUGAUAAAGCUUCAAAUGUGGUAGUUAGUGAAGGACUUUCGUCUACAGUAAAUCUACGAACACCACACAACACCAAAUACCCAAAAAUUACAAUUAAAAGGUUUGAAGGCGAUUUAAGGGAAUUGUUAGGGUUCUGGGCUCAAUUCAAAAAUAUACACGAAGAUCCGCAAUUGCCUGUUUCAGAAAAGUUUCAAUAUUUGGUGCAGUCAAUUACAAAAGGCUCCAAAGCAUAUGGCGUCGUGUCAAGUUAUCCCCAGGCUGAUGACAACUACAGUAAGGUGAUAGAAGCUUUGAAGAAGAGAUUUGGAAAGGAAGAGAUUUUGGUUGAAGUAUACCGAAGCUACGUAAAAGAAGAUGUCGCGCAGAGUGUAGGAGCAAUGUUUGUGGAAACGGAGUAUUUAGCACAAGCAGUUUUUGGAGGAUCCAUUACACCUGCUAGAACAAUAAAUAAAUACAAAUUUAUGCUACAGUCUUUAAACAGUACAACAACUCAAGAAAUCGAAGCAUUGGGACAGAAGACAAUUUGUGAAUAUAUUCCCAAAUUAAAUAGCGGUCCGUGGUUACGUGAGUUAUCCGACAAGAAUAUUUGGAUUAAUGAUAUGACGAGCGAGAACACUGAUGUGGAGAUAAUUAUUGGUUGCGAUUACUACGGUAGUAUUGUGUUCGGAAAAGCAGUGAGGCUCGAAUGCGGACUAACAGCAAUGGAGACCAUUUUUGGAUGGACAGUUCUUGGUGAAAUUAAAAAUAAUUUUGUUUCAGAAGGGUUGGCAAUGGCUGUCUCAUGUUUAGCUUUGAGUAAUGUUGAUGUUUCAGAUUUGUGGAGGUUAGAACUUUUAGGUAUUACUGAUCCAAUUGAGGUACAGUCAAGGGAAGAGAGAGAACGUAUAAUAUGUUAUGAGCAGUUUUUAAAAACUAUUCAAAGAGAUGCUGAAGGGCGAUAUGUGCGCGAGGCCUGGAGCGGCCGCUUCACUCACUCCACUCCACCUUAAGAACGGCUAACUGCUCUUAGUAAUACCUCGCUAUCAUCGCUAGCCGGCCCGUGUGGAGCAGU